GCUCACGACAAAUGAUCAUCCAACAGUCACCGCUCCGAUAGACGAAGUUACUUCGGUAACAAUUUCGAGCUUGACAACCUUGCACGCUUUUUCUUUACCGACAAAUCGAAAUUUCUAAUUAGAUAAUAGAUGCUCAAUUUGUUCGAUUAAUGUGGACGUGACUGUGAAGUGGUCAUGUUUUGGAUUCGGAACGAUGAAGUAGCAUUUUUACUGCAUUUUUGAUUCGAAACCAUCAAUUUAAUAAGAAACAAGCACGAGAAGGAGAACGUCUACAUUCCCACCCUCGGGUGCUGUACAUAAAUCGAAGUAAAUAAUAGAAACACCUUGUUCUUUCCUUGAAGAUUGAUUGGGAGCAAUUACGAAAAUGAAGGGAGGUCUCGUGCUCUGCUUGUUUUGCCGGCUGAUCGGACGUGUUGUCAAAACUUACGCCGUGCGGGUUCAUUCGAACAUCGGCAGCUUGUCUGGCGGACAAAAACCCGGGCCCCUGCAGCCGGCGUCCCAAUCACCGGAUAGUGCGGGGACAGCAUCAACGAAAAGAGAAGAUGACCCUGAACAGUGUUUUUAUGUUCCAGGCGUGACGUUUCGAGAGGCGUGCGACCAUCUUCAGAUCUCGGCCCAGUCGCCGCCUUUCAGAAGACCAGACAAAACUGAACCUUGUUACGUUUCGUCUGAUCUUCUACCUGACUGUCAUGAUCAGCGCAAUAAAGGUAGUCGUAGUCCAUUAUCGGAACAGUCGACGGAGGCGGAGCCGCAUUUGCAUCACUAGAGCACAGGAGGGGAGAAGAACAUCAAUGACAACGACAGAAGACUCCUCUAUCCGCAUCCAAGCGGCUCGUCAGACACAAGUUCCGACGGUAAAAAAGUUGGCAUUGUAUUAGCGGGUCAUCGACCUCAGCCGUUGGCGCGCAAGACGAGAGCCCUGAAAGUUCUGUAGGAAUUACCGGCUUCGGAGGAACACCGUUCGAGUGCCUUGGGAGCUGGUACUAUGGAGCUGCGCUCGGGCAUCCUGGAGUUACUAGUUCGACGUAUUUCUAGGGAACAAGAGUCACAGUGGUGUGAUUGGCCUUGGACGAGCUUCUAUGAUGCCAACUUCGACAUUCGGUGUCCAGCAGGACCGUCGUCUUCAAGUCCGUCCUCAAUUUGCAUAUCGAGAGGAAGAGGGGGCUCGCAAUAUUUGACACCAGGGUCCGACGGCACCUAUCGCAAGUUCUUCGUCGGAGGCGUCCCCCACUCGAGUAGCAAGUUCACGAAAUUGUGGCGUCUGGACAAGCGCAUUUUUCCCAUUUUAGCGAUAUCCAUCAGCUUGACGGCCAAGGAUUUGGGCAUGUCACUUUUCAGAAGAAGGAGGACGCUGAGGUUUUUUUUCGGGCGUGGAUGGAACUCAUGCAUGCGCUUUAUUUGCACGAUUCCAAUGCGCAAAACGACUUUGGACGUUUUAGGAAAAAGUUUUAUCCUCAAGACAGAAUCAAGUGGGUGA